CAAAUCGCCACUCAAAUUCUAAUUCCAGUAGUAGUAGUAAACGUCAAGGAGGAGAACCCAAUCCCAGUAGUAAUUUCUGAAGGAGGAGGGGAACCCAAUCCCAGUAGUAAUUUCUGAAGGAGGAGGAGAACAGAGCUGAACAAAUGGCCAACAACAGCUCAAAUGGUGAAAAUGUUAGUAAAAAAUCACACACACCAUCUGCUAUUGUUAUUGGUGGUGGGUUUGCAGGCAUUGCUGCUGCCAAUGCGCUCAGAAAUGCAUCAUUUGAGGUGGUUCUUCUUGAAUCCCGUGAUCGGAUAGGUGGUCGAGUUCACACUGACUACUCUUUUGGGUUUCCUGUUGAUCUGGGGGCAUCUUGGCUUCAUGGUGUUUGUGAAGAAAAUCCCCUGGCACCAAUCAUUUCAAGGCUUGGACUUCCACUGUACCGCACAAGUGGAGAUGACUCUGUGCUAUUUGACCAUGAUCUCGAGAGUUAUGCCCUUUAUGACACUAACGGCUCUCAAGUUCCACAAGAGUUUGUAGAAGAAAUAGGGAAAAUAUUUGAGGCUAUUUUGGAAGAGACUGGCAAAUUAAGGGAAGAAAUGAAGGAAGAUAUUUCUAUAGCUAAGGCCAUUGCAAUUGUGCUGGAGAAAAAUCCACACUUGAGGCAAGAAGGGAUUGCGCAUGACGUUCUUCAGUGGUAUUUGUGCCGCAUGGAGGGUUGGUUUGCCACUGAUGCGGAUGCAAUCUCGCUCCAGUGCUGGGACCAGGAGGUGCUGCUUCCUGGCGGCCAUGGUCUCAUGGUUCGUGGAUAUCGUCCGGUUAUAAAUACUCUGGCAAAAGGACUAGAUAUACGCCUUGGUCACAGGUAUGCACAUCUUUCCUCUAAAUGCUCUUUGAGUAUGCAUGUUCCAGUCCACCAUUUGUUAGUACUGAUCCAUUUUCUUUUCUUUAGGGCGGUCAAAAUUGUUCGCCACUGGAAUAGGGUGGAGGUAACUGUAAGCAGUGGUAAAACAUUUGUUGCGGAUGCUGCAGUCAUUGCUGUUCCCUUGGGUGUUCUUAAAGCCAACACCAUUAAAUUUGAGCCGAGGCUCCCAGAGUGGAAGGAGGAAGCAAUCAGAGAACUGUCAGUUGGAGUUGAGAACAAAAUAGUUCUCCACUUCAGUGAGGUUUUCUGGCCUAAUGUGGAGUUCCUUGGAGUAGUUUCAUCCACUACAUAUGGAUGCAGCUAUUUCCUCAACCUUCACAAGGCGACGGGCCAUCCUGUUCUUGUUUACAUGCCUGCAGGCCGGCUUGCCUGUGACAUUGAAAAGAUGUCAGAUGAGGCUGCUGCCCAGUUUGCCUUCUCCCAGUUAAAGAAAAUCCUACCUAAUGCAGCUGAGCCGCUUAAUUACCUGGUCUCACACUGGGGCUCAGACGAGAACACGCUUGGUUCCUACACCUUUGAUGGUGUGGGCAAGCCCCGUGACCUGUACGAGAAACUCCGCAUCCCCGUCGACAACUUAUUCUUUGCAGGGGAGGCCACGAGCGUCCAGUACACUGGCACGGUGCACGGAGCCUUCUCUACUGGCGAGAUGGCUGCCGAAGAGUGCCGGAUGAGGGUUCUGGAGAAGUUCCGGGAGCUGGACAUGCUGGAGAUGUGCCACCCGAUGGCUGAGCAAACGGCCACGGUCUCCGUCCCGCUGCUCAUCUCCCGGCUGUAAACUAUAGUCGGAGCUGGCACACCGAGUUUGCUGGCCAUUCCAGUGAUUGCUCGAGGAAGACAGCAUGGGAGCAAUCUAUCCUUGCUCUUCCUUGUAGCAUGAGGCGUGCGGUCAUGUGACUCGUGGUUUGCUGAAUAAAUUAUGAUUGGAUAUUGUUAAAUGUGGGCGUUGUUGGUAUAUGUGUACUCUCAAACAUAAAUGGCGGUUAUAAGUUUGGUUAGGCGCUACCUGUUACGGCCUACGUGACCAUCUUUGUAGGGCAAAGAUGGUUUAUGCGUGAUGAACACUGUAAUUUACAUUAACAUUCAUAAUAUUGGUGAUAAUGGUAGAUUCUCUCAGAAGUUUAAAUCA